AUGUUCACGCUCAAACCUACAGAAAUAAGAAAUUGUGAGGACACUGUUGUGGUUCAGAAGAACGCCUCUACAAAAGAAACAGUUCGUCAAGAAAUUUUACUUGCUUGUCAAGAAUGGGUUAGACGUUUCAAUAUUGGUGAUUAUAAAUAUACUAUUGAUACUUAUUUGCCCAAUGCAAAAAUGUAUCCGCGAAAUACAAAAACACCUCGAUUACCUGUUGAACAAAGAAACAAUAUUGGUCAAUGGUGGAAAACAUUUCUUGAUACAACGGGUGCAAAAAAUUUAGUUUAUUAUAAUGUUGAGGUAAAAGUAACCGGUCCUAAUAGUGGUGAUUUAUCAGCUAGAUGGUAUAUGAGCGUUGGCAGCGGACAUAUUGACAAGGAAACAUGGAUUAAAAAUGAUGGUAAAUGGUCACUUGCUUUUGAUGAUUUUACUGUAGAAGAAACACAUUCACCAACAGGAGCAGUCGAGAAACAUAGAUCUGAUGUGAUGGAGCCGGCAUCGUCACUAUCAGAAUAA